GCCAAGUGCAAGAAUGACUGUGAAGAAAACAACUGGAGAUUAGUCUACAUCACAUUCUGAUGUGUAUACAACAUAAGCACGAGUCAGCCCCACUCAUGCGGAACGCUCGGCAAGUCCGGUUCACCAUUGGCGGCCGAACGUAACCGAGGAAAGACGACCCGUAACACGACCAUGGGAACUGGAUUCCGUACGAAUAAUCUGAGCUUGCGCGGUGCUUUCGAAAGGCGCGUCCUGGCUCGGUCGUCUGACUACGGUCGAGCUUUUACUCGUCGACGAGCUCUCGUGCUGGAGCGUGCGCGUCUCUCUCGUUGUAGCGGGACAAGGAGAGAAGAAGGAAGGAGAGAGCGGUGGUCUCGUUCGCGUUCGGCCGGGUCACCACGUAUCAAUCCCACAAGUAGCAGAGACGCUACAUCCAGAAAGACUAGACACAGAGUCGUCCCGCACGCGAAAAUGUAACGAUCUCAGUAGUGGGGCCGGUUGUCUGGAAAAUUGGUUUAGACAAAAGGGGAGAAAGAGGUGAUAUUCCUUUCCCCCGUGUCGCUGCUCGCGAGUGAAGCAUCUUGAAGAGAAGGGGAUCCAUGGCGUGAGGCAUCAGUUGGUUCAUUCAAUUAUUUCUGCACGAAAGUCUGAAGCUCGAGAUAAAUCAGGAUGCACGCGGUUGGAUUGCACUCGGCGCUGGCCAUCAAGCGUCAGAGAAAACGCCGGGACGAGCAGCGUCGUGCCCGCGAGCGUCGUUAUAGCGUGCAAUCGGGCGAGAGCGGCCUGACGUCGCCGAGGGCUUCGACCGGUUCCUUGGACCAUCAACCGAGGCAUCAUAAAGCCGGGCAUUCGAGCCGCUCGGCCGGCCAGGGUAUGUUGGACUCGAAGGUGGUCACGUCGGUGGGGAUGCUUCACAUCGGCGUGGUCUUCCUAGUGUUCGGCGCGUUCCUUCUGAUGAGCGGCCUUCUGCCCGGGGAUCUCGCCCAGUGGGGCACCAAAGCGUCCGGCGGAUGGUGGAACGAGCUGGUCGCCAUAGGUUUGUUCGCCAUCAUUGUCGGCAUGUUCCUCAUCAUAUUGAACAAGGUGAUCGCGAAGAAGGAGGAGAACGAUCUCGAGGAGUACGUGCAGAGGCAGCUGACCAGAUCCAGGUCCGGGCACAGGCUGGAGAGAGACGCGGAGACCGGCGGACUGACGACGAAACACGCUCGGAGGGCGAGGCAGAUGCAGCAGGUGGCUUCCAGCGCGUCCAUAGAGACGCAGAACGAGAAAGUGUCCGGCUCGCCGCCUAGAAGCCCGCCGCCUGCUUACUCGCCGCCGCCGACCAUGAACGGCGAUCACCAAGCCGUUCAAUCCGCCCUCUAUCUCGAACAGAUCACCGAAGAGGAGAUUAUCAGCGACCGCGUGGAAACGUCCACUACCAACAGCCUGAGCCCCGGCUCCCCGAGCGAGACCAGGGAACUCCUGCAGAAUCCUCGCUACUCGAAGCAGAACGGGAACCCUCAGCAGGUUCAUCGGCCGCUUUACGUGUCUAGGAUCUAGAUAACCGAGGGUUGUUCGAAGCCCGUUCUCGCUUGAUCGUUUGGAACGAUCGCUUUAUCGGGGAUCUCGCGGUGUAUUUAGUAUAUCGGGAACAAACUCGCGAGAGUCUGAAAGGAGGGAGAGUCACGGUGGCGACAAUGAUGAAAGGCGAUGGCAUGCGUGUUUCUUUUUCUUUCGAUUAUUUGAUCACGCGGAAGCUUCGAGCGUGUUUCGAUCGAGUGAGCAACACCUUGAGAGACAACGUAGGUUAAUAUUAAUGACGGAGGGAAGUGAUCCAGGAAAGAAAGAUGGAAUCGUUUGGUCGAGAGGUUUGAUUGGAUUUAACGAAACGUACGAGCCAAUCCGUUUACUUCGAGAUGUCAUUUCAUCGAUCUCUCGUAGCAGUUGUUCUUAAUCUUAAACGUCUCAUUGUCUCUUACAUCUGAUUCAACUUCCUCUUGUAAAUUACCAAAUAACGAGGGAUAUUCUUCCAAAAGGAGAAGAAAAAAGAAACAGAAAAAAGAAGAAAGCUGAUCGUUAAACGUUCGUAGAAACUUGAUCAGUGGGACCAAGGUUUCGCGCUCGAUCCACCUGAAACGAAACGAAACGAAACGAAACGAAACGAAACGCAACGCUGUCACGUAACAAGGGACAGCCAAAACACGAAUUCAUCAACAAAAUUUCUUGAUUGAUCGUCGAACAAUUCCUGAUAAACGAACUCUUGCACACGUUGAACCGAGAAGGUGAAGGAGGAGGAGGUGGAGGAGGAGGAGGAGAAAGGGCAAUCGAGCGUAAAACAAGCAACUAAUCGAAAACGUUUGAAUCGAGGUGCAAGCCAACGAAACUGUGCAAUCUACAUAGUCGAAAAUGCAAUUUCCCUUACGCUAAUUUCGAUCCGAUCCGAGCCGAGCUGCGCCCCUAUCUCCUUGAAAGUUUCGUAUUCUCGAGGAAUCGAGUUUCACACGGCGCAUUCACCGAGCGAUCCGCCCGGGCGUCGAACGCAAUUCUACUCCGAGCAAUUUCCUGUCGGGAAGUCCAAUGGGAACCGAUAUCGGGCCGUGUACAAGGGGCAAACCCCUGUCUCUUUGUGUACGAUCCGAUCGUUACAGGGAAAGGGAGAUUUAACAAGAUACAAAGAAAAGGAGAGAGAGAGAGAGAGAGAGAGAGAGAAAGAAAGAAGGGGAGGAAGAAACCCUUUCGAGGUAGUGAACGCUCGGUAGGAAAUCAAUUUCCUCGACGAAUUACAACGGUGGUGAGAUCGUUAUUCGUGACAUUGUCGCUGCCUGGGGAACCUGAUCGAGAUCUCGAUAGUUUCAGUUCGGACUGUGAGCCGAGAGUGAGCAAAGUCUCUCGCGACGGACGCGUGUAUAAUUUUUCAAAUAUAUUUCAAGUAUUGUAAGCGUGUACGAUUUUUAAGUUGGUAGUUUAACCUUGCUGCGUUCUUCCUGUCAUUUGUAUUUUUCUAAAAUUUGAAACGUCGAUUCCGAGGUCGGGGCGAGAGAAAUUGUUAUGCGGUGUAUGUGCGUGAUUGAAUAUUUUUUUAUUUGGAGAAUGUACAAGAAGAGGAAGCAGUGUAUAAAUUCGAGAAUCGCAGCAGGGUUAAGAGCGUAAUUUUUGCGUGAUACGAUUCGUUAGAGUUAAUUGCGUGAUCAAUGUGUUAACUUCUUGAGGGAUACUGACACACACACGUAUUUUUCUAAUUAGCUCUGUUUUUUAUUUUAUUUAAAUCUCGUCU